CCCUCAACUCACCUGUCACCUCCUGCUGAGCCCCAGGUAUCAGGCGGGGUCUGUGCCGAGGUAGUGGUCCCUGACAAGGUGGGGCCAUGCGUGCCCCUGCAUUCCCCAAAUCUUAGCGCCUGUGGCAUCAGCAGGACAGACUCGUGCAUGAGCGACUGAAGCUGGGGACCCCGACCUCUUGACUGCUGCCUUCUCCUUGCCACAUGAGGCCCCAAGGGACAUUUUUGAUCAUCAACUUCUUGAGGUUGCGAACCCAAAGGUCUGCAGACCGAAAUGUUGAGAAUGCCUAUUUUGCCUCUUGAAAUCUCUGCUCAUAGUCUGGCGGGAGGAACUCGAUUCAGGCCAUGGUGCUUGGCUCAUGGUGGCCAGUCCUGUCCCCAGGUGUUUACCCAGAGCCUCCGUGAGCCGGAAAGUCAGCAGCGAAUGAAACCUUCCUCCCGGUGGGUCCAUUCGGCUCUCACUGGCCCCAUAAACACUCAGCCAUCAUGUAGACUCCGGUGAGAUAAUGAUGCCAGCAACCUCAGCGGAAGCGUUUACCUCCAGUCCCUGUGUGUCCCUUGUCUCAUUUUCAAAGCAGUGAUGCAGUCCAGGAACAGAGCCUACAGCCACAGUCUCUCCCGCAGCUCCUGGUAGGAGUGAUAGAAAGAGUCCAGCCUGAAAGGGGAUCGCAUUUUGUGCCUCAGAAGGAAAUGUCCAAAUGUAGGUGGAGUUUUGGUCUGAAGUGCGAACCGCUCUGGCUGCAUGGACAGGCUCUGCGGCCGGUGCCGCCAGCCGCAGGCCCAGCCUUCCCAGGUGCCACGGGUAGGAGGGUGCGGGGGGCGUUUACUGACCGUCCACACGUGCCCCUGGCCUCAUCAGCCCACGUCAAUUCUUGAACUUGCUGUCAAAGUUGUUUUUGUUCCGGUGUGUUUCUAAUUUUCGCUUGUUCCUCUUUCUUUUCUUUUCCUUUGUUCUUUUUCUCUCAUACCGCCCUGUGAGUGUGUUAUUGGGUCUGAAAAGACAUUACAAGAAGCGGUGCCAGGGGCGCAUGCGGAAGCACGUGGGGGACUUGUGCCUGCAGGCCGGGAUGCUGCAGGAUUCCCUGGUCCACUACCACGUGGCGGUGGAGCUGCUCCGCUCGGUGAAUGACUUCCUGUGGCUUGGAGCUGCCCUGGAAGGCUUGUGUUCGGCCUCCGUCAUCUAUCACUACCCUGGUGGAACCGGCGGUAAAACUGGAGCUCGCAGGUUCCCGGGGAGUGUGCUUCCUGCAGAAGCGGCCAACAGACAUCGACCAGGGGCCCAAGAAGUUCUCAUUGAUCCAGGUGCGCUCACUACGAACGGCAUCAACGCGGACACCAGCGCGGAGAUUGGACGGGCGAAGAACUGCCUGAGCCCCGAGGACAUCAUUGAGAAGUACAAGGAGGCCAUCUCCUACUACAGCAAGUAUAAGAACGCCGGGGUGAUUGAGUUAGAAGCGUGUGUCAAGGCCGUCCGCGUCCUCGCCAUUCAGAAGCGGAGCAUGGAAGCUUCGGAAUUCCUCCAGAAUGCAGUUUACAUCAACCUUCGGCAGCUCUCCGAGGAGGAGAAGAUCCAGCGCUACAGCAUCCUCUCCGAGCUCUACGAGUUGAUCGGCUUCCACCGCAAGUCCGCCUUCUUCAAGCGCGUGGCCGCUAUGCAGUGUGUGGCCCCGAGCAUCUCGGAGCCUGGCUGGAGGGCCUGCUACAAGCUGCUCCUGGAGACACUUCCUGGCUACAGCCUGUCGCUGGAUCCACAGGACUUCAGCAAAGGCACUCACCGAGGCUGGGCUGCCGUCCAGAUGCGUCUGCUGCACGAGCUGGUGUACGCGUCCCGGAGAAUGGGGAACCCCGCCCUCUCUGUCAGGCACCUGUCCUUCCUGCUGCAGACCAUGCUGGACUUCUUGUCAGACCAAGAAAAAAAGGAUGUGACACAGAGCCUGGAGAACUACACCUCCAAGUGUCCCGGGACCAUGGAGCUCCUCACCCUCCCAGACGGGCUCGCGCUGCCGCCGGUGCCCUUCACCAAGCUGCCCAUCGUCAGGCGUGUGAAACUGCUGAACCUUCCCGCCAGCCUCCGGCCACAGAAGAUGAAGAGCUUACUGGGCCAAAGCGUGUCGGCCAAGAGCCCCUUCAUCUACUCCCCAAUCAUCGCCCACAGCCGCGCGGAGGAGCGCAGCAAGAAAAUAGAUUUCCAGUGGGUUCAAGGAGAUGUGUGUGAAGUUCAGCUGAUGGUGUAUAACCCAAUGCCAUUUGAACUCCGAGUUGAAAACAUGGGACUGCUCACGAGCGGAGUGGAGUUCGAGUCUCUCCCCGCGGCGCUCUCCCUCCCGGCCGAGUCUGGUCUUUACCCGGUGACGCUUGUUGGGGUCCCGCAGACGACGGGGACGAUCACUGUGAACGGCUACCACACCACGGUGUUUGGCGUCUUCAGUGACUGUCUGCUGGACAACCUCCCGGGAAUCAAGACCAGUGGCUCCACGGUGGAGGUCAUCCCUGCACUGCCCCGCCUGCAGAUCAGCACGUCUCUGCCCAGGUCCGCACAUUCAUUACAGCCUUCCUCUGGUGAUGAAAUAUCUACUAACGUGUCCGUCCAGCUUUACAACGGGGAAACCCAGCAGCUUGUCGUGAGACUGGAGAACAUUGGGAUGGAGCCACUGGAGAAACUGGAAGUCACCUCGAAAAUCCUCACCACCAAAGAAAAGCUGUACGGUGACUUCUUGAGCUGGAAACUGGAAGAUACCCUUGCCCAGUUCCCUUUGCAACCUGGAAAGGUGGCCACCUUCACCAUCAGCAUCAAAGUGAAGCUGGACUUCUCCUGCCAGGAGAACCUCCUCCAAGACCUCAGCGAUGAUGGCAUCAGCGUGAGCGGCUUUCCGCUGUGCAGCCCCUUCCGCCAGGUGGUGAGGCCCCGGGUGGAGAGCAAGCCCGUGAACGCGGCCGAGGGCGGCCGGCCCGGGGAGCCGGGCCACGUGAAGACCCUGGAAGCUGUCCUGAACUUCAAAUACUCCGGAGGCCCAGGCCACGUUGAAGGGUAUUACAGGAACCUGGCCCUGGGGCUGCAUGUAGAGGUGGAGCCGUCUGUGUUCUUCACGCGGGUCAGUACCCUGCCGGCCACCAGCACCCGGCAGAGCCACCUGCUCCUGGACGUCUUCAACUCCACGGAGCACGAGCUGAGCGUCCGCGCCCGGAGCGACGAGGAGCUCGUCCUGCACGCAGGCGAGUGCCAACGAAUGGCCAUUCAAGUGGACAAGUUCAACUUCGAGAGUUUUCCAGAAUCCCCGGCGGAUAAGGGGCAGUUUGCAAAUUCCAAACAACUGGAGGAGGAGAGGCAGGAAGCCCGAGGCCUGGAGAUCAACAGCAAGCUGGACAUCCACUGGACCAUCCCAUCUCUGAAGCGCACAGGCGAGGCGAGUGUGGAGGGCCUCCUGAACCAGCUGGUCUUGGAGCACCUGCAGCUGGCCCCUCUGCUCUGGGACGUGCUGGUGGACGGACAAGCCUGUGACUGCCAGGCGGCGGCCUGCCGGGUCGGCGACCCGGUGAGCCUGGAGGUGCGGCUGACCAACCGGAGCCCGCGCAGCGUGGGGCCCUUCGCCCUCAGCGUGGUGCCCUUCCAGGACCACCAGAACGGCGUGCACAACUACGACCUGCACCACGCCGUGUCCUUCGUGGGCUCUGGCACCUUCUACCUGGACAAGGUGCAGCCGUCGGGCCAGGUGGCCUGCCUCGGGGCGCUUCUCUUCCUCUACACGGGCGACUUCUUCCUCCACAUCCGGUUCCACGAGGACGGCCCCAGCAAGGAGCUGCCCCCAUCCUGGUUCUGCCUGCCCAGCGUACACGUGCGCGCCCUGGAGGCGCAAGCCUGAGCGCCCCGCCCCGUCCCGGGUCCCUGAUCCUGCAGGGAGAGACGACCAGAGGCCCCCUCCUCCUGGCCACCCGGCCCUCAGCCCGCACGCACCACCGUCUGCCCGCCGCGUCCUCUCUGGGACUCACAGGGGCCCCCCCGCAAGCUUGGGCUAAAGCAGAUGCUGACCCAGACCCCAGCGUGUGACCCAUCCACCCAGCCCAGGCCUGGGGUCCCUGCACCUGUCCCCAUGACCUGGGGUUCACCGCCCAGCCGGCAGGAAAGGAAGGCGAGUGUGAGGGGGGCCUGCCCGGGUGGGUCUGGGGAGCCUCCCCCGGCCCCCUUGGCCCUUGGCAUCCCCCAAGGGCUGGCUCUUCUCCUGGGGACCCCGAGGCAGCCGAGCUGGGAGAGACGGCCCUGUGGGUGACACCGAGAGCUCCCCCGGCCCCGGGGAGUGGACACCCUGUGUCAGCAGCCGUCCUGGGCCCUGGGCUGGGUCCAGGCCGGGUUCGGGGGUGUGGCCUGUGUGUGUCCGUGUAUCGGUGACAGAUUCUCCAAUAAAGGGCCUGCCUUGCUUCUCUGCUGGUCACCUGCA